CCAACAACACCAACAGCAACACCAACAACAACGACAACGGCGGCAACUUCGUUGGUAAUAAACUCGACGGGAUCGUCAGCAGGAGCAGCUGAACAAGUUGUAGAAGAGUCAUUAAAAGUCGCAACAACAACAGCAGCAACACAAGCAACACCAGCCAAACAGGAAACAGUUGCAGUUGCUGUUGCCGCUGCUGUUGCUCCUCGCAAGUUGGCUAAAAUUCCAAAAAUUCCAAAGGAAGCCGAGGAAUUGAAAGCCAAGAAAAAGGCAAAGUGCGAAGCGACUCAUUACGAGAAAAUGCCAAUGAAUUUGAUGAUUGUGGAAAGUGUUGAGCCGGUCGAUAUGGGAUCGGACAAUGAGAACGACAACGAUAGCGAGUUGACCACAGAGCAGGUACCGUUGGUAUCUGCCAGUCGACGCAAUCUGGCCAAAAUAGUUGCCGAUUGUCGCCUCCAAAUCGAAAUGGAGCCCGCUGCAGCAACACCGGUGACUACAGCAGCAGCAGCAACAGCCACAUCGGAUGCGGCAGUUGCCACAGAAAUUGAGGCAAACAGCGAUUCCCCCUCGUCGUCAUCUUCCAGCACCAGCUCAAGCUCCAGCUCCAGCUCCACAUCCUCAGAAUGUACGCACACAUCACAAACAACGAUACCAAGUACGGAUAAUCUAACGUCAUCCAAUGGUCUGGCCAAUAUGGGCAAAAGCAUUUUAGUUGAUGCCAAAAGCUCACCGGCAUCCUUGUCUUACCACUUUGAAAGGACCUCAGUGGACCGUCAGAAGCAGCAUCACAACAGCAACAUCUGCAACUCCCAUCCACAUCACCACCCACAGCAGCAGCACACAUUGCAGCUGACAUUUCAGAAUUUAAAUGUUUUGCACAACGAGAGGCAAAUACUUUCCGAUGUGAGUGGAUUUGUCAGCCCCUGCGAAGUCUUGGCCAUUAUGGGACCCUCGGGCAGUGGCAAGACCACUUUGCUGGACUGCCUCAGUGGCCAGCGGCACAUUGACAGUGGCAGUGUCUUCCUCAAUCGGGAACCUUUGACCAAGAAGUGGCGUCGUAGGAUUGGAUAUGUUCUACAGGAGGAGAUCUUCUUUCCGCAAUUAACGCUACGUGAAACUGUGGUUUAUACGGCGCUUUUGCGAUUACCGGAAUCAAUGCCGCGAUCGGAGAAGAUGCGUAAAGUGGAUCACAUCCUGGAGGCCCUGGAGCUGGGUUGCUGUCAGCAGACCAAAUUUGGGGAUUACCUCAAUCGAGGACUCUCUGGUGGUGAAAAAAAGCGAGCCAACAUUGCCUGCGAGCUGCUUACCAAUCCUUUGCUUAUGCUUUUGGAUGAACCCACUUCCGGUUUGGACAGCCACUCUGCCAUUUCACUGAUGAAGGUUCUGAAGCGUUACGCCCAACUGGAGCAAAAGACAAUAGUGAUCAGUGUACAUCAGCCUUCGUCGCAGAUGUUUCACAUGUUCGACAAGUUGCUGUUGCUUCAUCAAGGAAGAACUGCUUACUUUGGAGAUAUGCCUGAAAUGGAGCAAUUAAAAUCGCAUCCUGAUAUCCGUGAGAAGCUCUUCAUUGCCGCCAGAGAAUCGCAUGGAAAUUACCUGAAUCGCAAUUGCAUCACCAGCAGUCGCCAUCAGCAGGAGAGUGAGUCGAAGGCGAAGGAUAAAAAGCAGUCGGAGAGCAUCCUUAUCGAUGAUAUAAUUAACAACUACUAUAACCAGCAUCACCACCAUCAUCAUAACCACCAUCAUCAGUACGAGAAUCUGCAUAAUCAAAAUAGUGGCUGCCAGGUGGAGGAGGAUGAAGAGGCCGCCCAGCAUUUGGUUUGGUGCGCCGCCGAUUCACAGUCCAAUUUCAGCUCCUGUGCGUCCAGUGAUUGCCACUCGUAUAGUGCAGGCAGUGGGGCAGAACAUGGCGGGGACAAUGAUGAGUGGCUCUCGUAUCCCACCAGUUUUCAUACCCAGUUCUGUGUGCUCUCCAGCCGCAAUUUCAAGGAGGCCAAGCCACGAAUGCUCUCCAAACUGAAUUGGUUUCAGACCAUCGGACUGGCCCUGAUGGCCGGUGCCAUUUGGUUUCAAUUGCCACGAACCGAGGAGUUCUUGCAUGACCUGCAGGGAUGGAUGUUCUUCUCGCAGACGUACUGGAUGCUCUUUGCCCUCUUUGGAGCCUUAAAUUCAUUCCCCUCGGAGCGUGAGGUUGUGAGCAAAGAACGACGCUCUGGGGCCUAUCGACUGUCUGCCUAUUAUUUGGCCAAAAUGUGUGCCGAACUGCCACUGGUUAUCACUCUGCCCACGGUCUACCUCAUGAUAAGCUAUCCCAUGCUGGGCUGUACUAGCUUGAAGCUCUUCUUCCUGAUGCUCAUCUUCCUGCUGAUCAACACUAUUGUGGCGCAGAGUGUGGGUUUCUUUAUAGGAGCCUGCUGCAUGGACAUGAAUGUGAGCAUCACCCUGAGUGCCUUAUAUACCCUGGCCACUCAGCUCUUUGGUGGCUAUCUGUCGUCCCGCAUUCCGGAGGGUCUCAGUUGGAUUCAAUAUACCUCCAUGAUCCAUUAUGCCUAUCAGAAUAUGCAGAUACUGGAGUUUCGAGAGGGUCCGGCUAUAAGGUGUGGAUCGCCCAGUAGCUAUGAGAUUUGCAAACAGCAAUCAACUGAAUUCAUUCCAUAUGAGGAAAUACUCAAUGCUCAAAACUCGACAUCACCGCUCUGGCUGAAUACGCUGAUACUGAUGAUGUUCUUUCUGGUAUUUCGGUGCCUAGGAUAUGCGGUAUUGCGUUACCUGCGGUGCCCGAAAAAGACGUGAUAUAUCCAUAGCUACUAUACAUAUAGUGUAGCUAUAUCUAUCUGAGCAGACAUCGAACCAGUGAUACGUAAUUAGUUAAUGCUAACCAAUGCUAAAAAUCGUUACAACUGAACAAACUUGCUAAAUGGCGCCCAUUUUGUGAUUCAAUUUACUUUCAAGCCACACCAUUUACGUUUACCUACUAUUAUUAUUAUUAUUAUUAUUAUUACAAUUAACCGUACCGCCUACUAUUAUUAUUAUUAUUAUGAUUAUUAUUGUAUUUAGCCGUGUUAUUCGAGGUUUGCGGUAGGGCAGUGCGAUAGGAACUGUUUAUUGUGUUGCAUUUUGUAAACGUAAAUUCUUGUUUUGUUUUAUGUCUUUUAAUUGUUAGCCGUUUAUGUUAUCAAUAUCAAAAAACACCAGAGAUCGAGAGUAAAGCAAAGCAUUAUGUUUUAAUGUACCUUUUAAAGUCCUUUCCCCUCCAAAAAAUGAGAGAGAAAUACGAGUAUCAGCCCAAUCCCCACAUCACCUGCACACUUCUAUAAAUAUAUAUGUAGAUUGUAUGUUUAUAAUGAAACAAAGCUAGUAAUUUUUGUAGAAUAUUGCAAAUUUUUUUCGCUUGAGAAAAAACACUGUGAUUUAGUAUGCUAGUUUUUUAAUUAGUUUUAAUGGGACAGCAAUCAGUGAAUGAUGCCUGUUCGGAAAAUUGUAAAGAAAUAUCAGUAAAUGAAAAUGAAAACAAAUUACAAUAAGAGCCCAGCAGAAUGUAUAAC